AUGGCGCUUGAGAGACUUCCCAUUGAGCUGAUCCUACGGAUAUCUGACCAUCUGAGCCAGAAAUGCGGGUUUUACCUUGCCCUUGCUUCACGAAAACUCGCAGCUAUUCUAUUACCGAGAUCCCGCUUAAUAACCCUGUCGUAUGCGUCCCACCGCGGGAAACAAGACCUUUUCUUUCGAGUCCUCGAACAGGACGUUGAUUUUAGUAUUACGUGGGGGGGUCGAACGAUCCUAGAAGAGAUCAUCCUGAACCGGCAUGAUGACUAUGUGGCUCCUUUACUGGAUCGCGGAGUCGGAAUUGUAUACCCGCCAGGAUCGAUAUGUGCAGAAACGGGUGUCACUCUGCUACACCUUGCCGCUGCCGCUGGAUGUAGUGACGAGGUGCUAAAGCGGCUGCUCGUCCAUGGUGAUGGCGUGGAUCCAUUCAAGAUGGACGACGAAGGGCUCACCCCGCUGUUAUGUGCUGUGAACCAGGGAAGGGUAGCCAGUGCGAAGAUGCUCAUCGAUAUCUACCGCGAGAAGAACAAGGAGAUCGAUCCUCCGGACGCCAAAUAUCCAUUGCUUCUGCAAGCUGCAAUGCAUGGUAAUGGAGAGAUGGUGCUAUUUCUACUGCAGACCAGAGGUGUUAGGGUGGAUGCAAGAGGCACAGCUGGGGAAAAUGCUCUGCAUUGGCUGACUCGAAAUAGCAUUCAGGAAGCUGAAACUGAUAGACAGUCGUACGACCUCGAAAUUAAAAUCCUAGAUGCCCUCCUCGCCGCUGGCAUUGAUCUCUCCGCUAAAGCUACCGAAACCCAAGCUACCCCUUUGCAUAGCGCGGCUGAGAACGGACUAUGGGCUUUUAUUCUGCGUCUCGUUUCAGCUGGUGCUGAUUUGACCGCGAGGUGUUCGCUGGGUGGUACACCACUUCACUGGGCUGCAAGGGCCGGAUGUGAUCGCACGAUUAACGCCCUUGUAGACCUGGGAGCCAAUGUCCAUGACACCGACUCGAAUAAUAGGACCCCAUUGCUCUGGGCAUAUGCCACUGACCUGUUUAAUCAGGAUCCUGAGUCGGACCUGAGCUCGUCUCCAAUAUGGUGUCUACUUAAACACGGAUCGCGCACCUCCCACUUAGACGUUGGCCAUCAAAACAUUCUGCACCUGGCAGCUUUCCACGACCGAUUCCGUGCUGCAACUAUACUUUUGGCGGCAGGAAUCGAUGUCAAUGUGCAGAGCGUCAACGGGUCUACAGCAUUACAUCUGGCUGCAUUGAAUGGAUCGCUCAAAACCGCAGUCCAGUUACUAAGAGCCCAACCGGACCUGGCGUUACUAAAUACACUUGACCAAAGUGCUAUUGAUGUCGCGAUUGAAAAAGGCCACGAAGAUAUUGUAGCCCUUAUUAGGAAGUAUGAGCAGCUCGGGGUAGAGUCUGUAGGGGGUGUGAUUCCACCGCUCUAA